AUGAGCAACUCAAACUUCCUAGAUAAAGCAAUCGCGUUGGUGCAGAAAGCUAUAGAUGAGGAUGUCAAGCAGAACUAUGCAGAAGCAUAUAAGCAAUAUCAGGAUGCGUUGGAUUACUUCAUGAUGGCGAUGAAAUACGAGAAAAACGACAAACUGAAAGAACUGAUCCGAAAGAAAUUCACUGAAUACCUCGACCGCGCCGAGAAGCUGAAAGAGCACAUUGCCAAAUCGGAGGAGAAACGUACAAAGGCCAAAGUGGGUGUGAAUGGUGGGGGUGGAUCAACGGCUGGCGGACCAGAUGUCAAAGAUGGAGGUGGGGAAGGGGAUGAUCCAGAGAUCAAGAAGUUGAGACAGGGUUUACAAGGUGCCAUCUUAUCUGAAUCGCCCAAUGUCCAAUGGGAUGAUGUAGCUGGAUUAGCCCAAGCUAAAGAAGCGUUAAAAGAAGCUGUCAUCUUACCUAUAAAGUUCCCUCAACUGUUCACUGGAAAGAGAACACCCUGGAGAGGAAUCUUGUUAUAUGGACCACCGGGGACGGGUAAAUCGUUCUUAGCGAAGGCUGUGGCGACAGAAGCGAAAUCGACUUUCUUCAGUGUGUCAAGUAGUGAUUUGGUAUCGAAAUGGAUGGGAGAAUCGGAAAGACUUGUCAAACAACUAUUCCAAAUGGCACGUGAACAGAAACCAGCGAUUAUAUUUGUCGAUGAGAUUGAUUCCCUAACUGGUACGAGAGGAGAAGGAGAGUCAGAAGCUUCGAGACGUAUCAAGACUGAGUUCCUGGUGCAGAUGAACGGUGUAGGGAAUGAAGAGACUGGUGUGUUGGUACUGGGAGCCACCAACAUCCCUUGGCAGUUGGAUCCUGCUAUUAAACGUCGGUUCGAAAAACGUAUAUAUAUCCCUCUUCCUGAUGUUCAAGCUAGAAGACGGAUGUUUGAGCUCAACAUCGGUACAACACCCAAUGGUCUGACGCCUAAAGACUUCACCACCCUAGCUGAACAAACGGAAGGAUACUCCGGAAGUGAUAUAGCAGUGAUAGUGAGAGAUGCGUUGAUGCAGCCGGUCAGAAAAGUAUUAUCAGCUACUCAUUUCAAGGAGGUUCAGUCGGAUGGUAAAACCAAGCUCACGCCAUGCUCACCCGGAGAUCCAGCAGCUAUCGAAAAGACAUGGACGGAUGUAAACUCGGAAGAACUACUAGAACCUCUGCUAAGCGUGAAGGAUUUCGAGAAGGCAAUCAGCGUGAAUAGACCUACGGUGACACAAGCUGAUAUCACCAAACAUAUUGAAUUCACAAAUGAAGCCGGUGGUGAAGGAGCUUAG